GGAAUAACUAAUGAUUUCCAAAGAGUCAACGUCACGUUUUCUCUGCUCUGGAAUGUUCGUAAUAUCCAUCUAGUUAUCCUGUUUGCCUUUGAUAUAUAAGGUUUGAGAUAUGCUUUUUAAAUUUGCAAUCAUUUGACAUUAUAACUCCUAAGUCCUUCACAGUGAUUUUUUGUUAAUCUUUUCUGACGUGUUACUUAGAUGAGAAAGUGGUUUUAAAGACUCAAUCUUUCCAUAACUUAGGUGCUCAAAUAUACACCUAUUGAGUUUCAUAUUAUUUUCAUUUGUCCACUUAUAAAUUAUAUUUAGAUCACUGUGUUCAUGAGGCCAUUAAUCUCUUUCAGAAUUUGUGUGUCGUCUCCAAAGCUGGAUGCUAAAGAAUAUUUUAAGUUCUGAUUGAUAUCACCAACCAUGAUUACAAAAAGCAGUGGGCCAAGAACCAUUGUGGAGCCCCUGAUCCAACGUUAGCGGGUGUAACAAGAUGAAUGUUUUCCAUUACAAAUGUCAGUUAAAUACAAGAAUUAAAAAGCUCUGUGCACUUGCAUUGUUAGUUAUUUUUCCAUUCACAGUGAUGGCGAUUAAUCGCAUUAUACAUUGUGAUGUAGAAGCUGAGAGACGUACUGUUCGCACACCAGCAGGUUUAUACAUUCAGAAAUACAAUCAACAUAUAGAUGUACGCUCUUACAGGAAUUUGAGCCAAGCAUGUAGUUAUGUUGAUGGACAUUUACAUUGUCCAGAUAUUCGUAGUAAGGGUGAGACCAUGCUUAGACAAGUGCAACUGGUAUUAACACGAAUGCUCAAAGUGAUAGAUGUUAUAUGUGAAAAACAUUCUAUCCAUUACUGGCUCAUGAGUGGUACGUUGCUUGGAGCAUAUCGAGAUAAAAGCAUUAUAAAAUGGGACAAUGAUGCAGAUAUUGGUAUGAUGGAAAGCGAUUAUGCUCGCUUUGAAAAAAUUGUUCGUUCAGAAUUACCUGAAGAUCUUUUUUACCAAGAUGGUUCUGAUGAACCGUCAUACGCGAAAACCAAAUCAUGUGUUGCCAAAUUAAGAGACCGCAAUAGUUGUUAUUGUCAUUGCAUGAGAACAGGUUGUGAUUAUCAAGAUGGCCUGCAAAUCGACAUAUUUGUAUUCAAAACUGUUGAAGUUCACGGAAAAAGAGACAUGUUAGUGAGUGUGACCAAUGGUAGGUUUAAAAUUCCAUUUGAGUAUGUUAUUCCACCGUCUCGCAUAGUCAUGGAGGGACUCGAAUUCUCUGCACCUAAACAAACCCUCAAAGUUCUAGAAACACUUUUUGGACAGAAUUUUUUGACUCCCUUGAAGAAUCAAUGCCCUGCAUAUGGUUUUGUUGCAAUGCCAUGGUACAGCUGCGAGUAUAUAAACAGUCUACCAGCUGAUAAGAAGCGUAAAAUUUUAGUAGACUCAAUGAUACAUGAUAGUUGGUUUUUCUGGUAUUUUGGAUGAAACGUGUUGAUGUGGUUAGAACGACAUGUUUCGUUCAUUUAGAUAUAUGUGUGAUGAUAGUUGGUUUUUCUGGUAUUUUGGAUGAAACGUGUUGAUGUGAAUAGAACGACAUGUUUCGUUCAUUUAGAGACCCAAACACGAAUAAUGAUAAAUAUAUGUGUGAUGAAAGUUGUUUUUUAGGCGUUUUGAAAUUUUUUACGUGUUAUAUGCAUAUGAAGAUUUAAAAAUAUCAUUUUUUGUGUCAGGGUCCCUUUAAAGUAUUCGCAGAUGAAUUAAGAAGAUCAAUUUCUUGAUGUACAGUUAAUUCCCGGUAACUCGAAAAGCGUAAUAAUAGUUUCUUAUAGAAAACUUCGAUUAACUGGAACCUCGGACAACUCAACUCAACUUUUGCCCCCUCCCCCCCCCCCCCCUCCCUGUGGCUAAUUUCUUCGCAUAGCUCAAACUCUUUACUCGAAAAAAUGAAAUCACAUUUUUAUUAACUGUUGAUGUAAUAAGGAUAAUGUUGUCUGUCAAGAAAAAUUUAGUUGACAAGGGACUUGCUUGCUUCUUUCAUCGCCAAUAUUGCACCCUUUUUUUCCAGUAACUGUUGCCCCACCUCAUGAUAACAUCGCUUCAACUUAAACUAUAAUUUAAUUUUGAACUAAAUUUGACUUAACGUGAGCUUCAAUUAACUUAAACAUUCGUUGAGUCAAACUAUUUUCCUCGGUCCCUUGGAGGUUCGAGUUACCGGAAGUUACCUGUAUUUCUUUUUAUAGAUUGACUUAUUUGUUAGUGUUACUAUUUUUAGGAAAACUGAAUGUUAUUCCCCAUUUUCGGGUAUGGCCUUGAUGCUUUUUAACUGAAAAGACGAUUUUACGAGAAGAAUCCUGGCCCCUGCUUUAUACCUUAAAAAGCCCUUUUCAGCAAAAGGCUUCUCAACUAAAAACUUUCUUCGUACAUUCUCUUAAUAUUUUGCGAGUUAGUAGUUAAACGUACCCGUAAUCUCAGCAUAUUUCUUGUAAAAAAACGUGUAGCAUCACAAUAUUUAUUUAUAUACCCGACUCAGCACUGUAUAUUCUUAGCACUUUGAACUUCUUAAUAGAAAGUAGUCUUUGUAAGAUUUGUCAUUACAAACUGAAGUUGUAUAUUGAAUAUUAAGCUUUCCCUCGGAUUACUUCGAGUAUCUGAACGACAAUUUGCAACAUUCUUUUUUUACAACUUUUUACAAUUCUUCAGCAAUUGAAAGCUGUAAAAAAACAUUGAGAAUUACCAUGUAGAUUAUUAACGGUCAUAUUUUUUAAAAUUUUUAUUUAUUUUCAUACGGUUUUGUUGUAUUUUUUAUUUGUGAAGAAUUUCUCGCAAACGUAUUCAGCGUUUACGAAAGUUUA